GUGAAGCCACAAUUCCACCUGAUUCACCUUGAGGGAAACAGAAAAAACUAUAUACGAGUCUAUUGAGGUGUUCAGUAUCUCGCGAACUGCUGCAUGAAUCACUUGUGUGUCGUUCUCAGAACGAGAACCAGUGUGGAACCUUCUGUCGAAGAAGUUAAUUUAUGCAGACGCGUUUAAAGCCACGAGUUGAUAGAAGAACACUCCUUGCUAGCGCUUGAAUUGCGCUGAAAGUGAAACCGUUUGGUAUAAUUGCUGAAAUUAUCUGUGCAUGAAACAAUCCUCUCACCAUGAGGCAUUACGUUUUGAUAUUCAUCACCUUUGGCGCGUGUCUCGCUGAUGUGUCCCAUGUUGUUUCCCAUGAUCCUUAUGCUGUUCCCUUGGAAUUCCACUCCACCACCUCUACAACCCCUCCGCCACCCCCAAAGCCUUAUGUGUUCGCCUACACUGCUGGAAGAUAUCCUGGCCACGUUGAUCGCACGCACAGCGAAGUAUCUGAUGGCAGUGGCACCGUUCGCGGCGCCUUCUCCUACGUAGAUCCCAGACACCAAGUACGCACCGUGGAGUACGUGGCGGAUCGCUAUGGUUUUCACCCAGUCCUGAGCCAUGAAUCCCACGGUCCGGUGCAAACUGAGGCUGUUCAGAAGGCAGCUGAGAGACACUACGCUCUGUAUAGUCGAAUCGCUGAGGCGCAUGCCAACCACGAUCCUCAUCUCCAAGUCGUAGCUUAUCCAAGGGAAUCUGUUGCUGUGGCUCACGCUAAAGAGAAGCACUUGAGUCUGUAUGAAAAGAUUGCUGCCGAACACGCUAGAAUUGGUGCCGAACAGGAAGCCCAGAGACUCGCCUUUGAGGCCACUUCUGUGCCAAACGAUCUUGAGGAACACCAUCACCUUCAGUGAAAGCCAUCAGUAUACUCUUACACCCACUAGUAAUGCUUCUUCUACUGAUAAACCCUUUUGGCUUUAUUAAAUUUCUGUAAGUAA